CCUAUAUAAACUUCGACCCGGUGCCUGGAACCUAAAUCAUAACACGCUCAGAUUUCCAACUUCGAUACCAAUUACACAAAACUCUUCAGUAUAUCGACUAUCCAGAUUUCCAACAAAUUUCAGAAACGCUUCCAAGCAUUACCACAGUAACUCCCAAUAUGUCGACAUACAGCCUUAGUGCGAAAUCUUCCAUGGAGAGCCUGCAGAGCAGCUCUUCUCUUCAGUCCGCUCCGGACAAACUCGCCCCGGCCGUCACAGGACCCAUGGUCUGGAAAGGCUCCGAGCUGCAUCCGGCCAAAUACGUCCUCACGCUUGACGCGUCCGAGGUCGAGAACAUCAGGUCCGCAGUUAUCUCCUUCAAGCUGCUCGGUCUCCCUCGAAGCGAGAUCAACAAAUCCACCUUCCCUUUGACCUCCGCGCUGGCCAGUAAGCUUUCGGCCAUCAGCACCGCUAUCCACCGGGGCUCUGGUGUUGCGGUCCUCCGAGGUCUCGAUGCGGCAAACUUCAACGACGAAGAGGCUACCAUCGCCUUCGCUGGUGUCUCCUCAUACGUGUGCGCCCUCCGCGCGACAGACUCGUAUGCCAAUCAGACUCUAAGCCACGUCCGAGACGCCACCCACGACACCGUUCCAGAGUGGGCUCGGAAUAUCGGUCUUGCCGGUUCCAAGAUCACGUCCGCGAUGGACUUCCACAGCGACCGCUUCUCCGGCGAUAUCCUCGCGCUGCAUGUGCGGGACGACGGUGGUGUCCGCAGCGGCGGUGAGCAGUACGUGGCCAGCUUCUGGCAGAUCUACAACGAGCUGCUGGAGAAGGACCCCGCUAUUCUCGAGACCAUGGCCACGGCGAACUGGCCCUUCGAGCUAAAGCAGAAGGACCGUGAGCCUUACCUCGAGCUUGGCCCGACGCUCUUCUUCUCUAAGGGCAAGCCCAUGUGCCAGCUCGUCAAGGCGCCGCUCCUUGGGAGCCCGCGCAUUCCGCGCGAUCCCAAGAUGCCCGCUCUCUCGGCGGAGCAGAUGCACGCCUUACACGCUGUGGAGGAGCUCGCCAAGCAGUUCUGCACGCAGCUCGACCGGCAGAAGGGCGACAUCCAGUUCAUCAACAACCUGAGCAUUAUGCACGCCCGCGCUGCUUAUGGCGCCGGCCAGAAGCGCAGCACUCGGCAUCUCCUGCGCAUGUUCCUCCGUGAUCCCGCCGAGGCGUGGGAGAAGCCAGCCAGCUUCAAGACGAACUUCGAUGAUCCGUUCACUCCUGGCCGACAGCAGAAUCUGCCGGUCGUGGACUCGGAUCCUUGGCGCAAGAUCAGCGGCCGUGAGAGCCAUGGCUAGGUUAGCCGUCAUGAAGAUCGCUGCGGGUGGCUAUAGUCUGUCCGAUUGCACGUUAGCGUGGGAGGCCCAUAGUCAUUUGCACCCAUAACUGGAGUAUGGGACGGGUUGGUGGAAUACUGCAUUUAGGGUGGCUUGUUCACAAUGUCUUAUUGCGGUGGCAGGUACGAU